AUUCAUUCAUCUCCUUUCUCAUCACCAUUGCUUUCCAGACGCAGAGUAGACUAAGAGAGAUAAAAAAAAAUGGAGAUUGGGUUUCUGGGUUUAGGUAUCAUGGGAAAGGCCAUGUCAAUGAAUCUACUUAAGCACGGAUUCAAAGUAACCGUCUGGAACAGAACUCUCUCCAAGUGUGAUGAACUUGUGGAGCAUGGAGCUUCUGUAUGUGAGACUCCAGCUCAAGUAAUCAAGAAGUGUAAUAUUACCAUCGCUGUCCUCUCUGAUCCUUCUGCUGCUCUUUCGGUUGUUUUCGAUAAAGAUGGUGUUUUGGAACAAAUCUGUGAAGGGAAAGGUUAUAUCGAUAUGUCAACUGUCGAUGCUGAGACUUCCUUAAAGAUUAAUCAGGCAAUCACUGGGAAAGGUGGUCGGUUUGUAGAAGGUCCUGUUUCAGGUAGUAAGAAGCCUGCAGAAGAUGGUCAGCUCAUCAUACUUGCUGCUGGUGACAAGGCGCUUUUCGAGGAGUCCAUCCCUGCUUUUGACGUCUUGGGGAAGAAGUCGUUCUACUUGGGAGAAGUUGGGAACGGAGCUAAAAUGAAACUAGUAGUCAACAUGGUCAUGGGAAGCAUGAUGAAUGCCUUCGCCGAGGGGCUUGUAUUAGCUGACAAGAGUGGACUUAGCGCUGACACUCUCCUUGAUGUCUUGGAUCUUGGUGCAAUGACUAACCCGAUGUUCAAGGGGAAAGGACCUUCGAUGAAUAAGAGUAGUUACCCACCAGCGUUUCCACUGAAACAUCAGCAGAAGGACAUGAGGUUAGCUCUUGCUCUUGGUGAUGAGAACGCUGUCUCCAUGCCUGUAGCUGCGGCUGCAAAUGAGGCGUUUAAGAAGGCGAGAAGCUUGGGACUUGGAGAUCUUGACUUCUCUGCUGUGAUUGAGGCUGUGAGAUUCUCCAAGGAAGACUAGUAAACUGUUGAAAAUGAUUGUUAUCUUCCCAAAUAGAGAGACUUGUUACUCAUUUGGCGAAAACACGUUUUAAUCAUUCAUCAAAUAACAAAGUCUUUUAAACACAAUCCAUAUCAUUCCUCUUGGGUUUCUAUCUUGCUAAUAGAUGAGCUAAUAGUUGUGGC